UUAAUUAAAGAUAAAAAAAUGUUUUAACAUUAAUUUUGAUUUUUUUUCAACUUUAAAUUAAAUGAUUUUAAAAUAAAAACAACAAUAUCGUGAAAUAAUAAAAAAAAACUAAAUAAUUAAUUGUAAAUUGAAUAUAAUCGUGAUCGUGUUCUAAAUGUUUAUUACCACCCAAAGAAAUAAAAGUUCUAUUUAAAUGAUCGUGUUGUAGGAAACAAAGAAACGAAUAGUGCGUGUACAACGUCUUCUUAUGGCACGUUCCAAAUCAUUAAAGUGUUGUCAUCAUUAACUCACCAACUUAAAAAAAAUACUACAAACAAAAUAAGUCCAAAACCCAAACACCUUUAAUAAAACGUUAAAAAAAAAUAUAUAUACAAAAUUUGCUGUUUUAUUUUAAUAACCCACAAAGAAGUCAGUCUAUAAGUUCAUUUGUAUCAGAACAAAUAGUCACGGUGGUUGCAUUUUAAAAUUCUAUGCCAUCCAUGUAGCCAAACAUACAGCCAUCCAUCCAUCCACAUUCAUUCACAUUAUAAUUUUGGUAACUUUAACUUAUACUUCAGUCGUUGUUGUGGUCUAUGGGGUUCUUGACUUUUUAAAAACAUACAAGUCGUUUGAUCACCCAUCACAUAUGAAUACAUAACUAAUUGUAAAUUGUAUGAUAGUAUUUCUUAAGGAAAUGUCACCUUAAAUAAAUUAAGGAAGUAAGUGCAUGUGAGUGUAUUAUUUAGUGAAAAAUACAACCCUCUUCAUAUUUACAAACUUGGGAGUAUGCAAAUAAAAGGAUGAUAUUUAACUAAGGAUAUUUUUUUAUUAUACCACAAGGAUCAAUCAACAUGAAAUCCUAAUAAUAAGCAUUUAAAAUAUAACAAACAACUAAGACAAUGCAUCGAAGUAUAAGAAGGCCUUUGAGGCCUAUAUUAAAUUUAAAACCAUCAACUCCCGAAUAUAAAAGAAAACAAAAUAAAGUUCGUUUAAAAAUCAAUGAAAUCAUACGAGUCACACAACUAAGUCACUUAAUAAUACUCUUAAUAUUAUUGCAAACCACUCAAGCCAAUCGCCCACCAAGAUUUAUGAUAGAAGGACAAUCGGAAAUUGUAUUAAGAUUAAAAGAAAGUCCCGAAACAGAAGUGGGCACGCUAAUAUACACACUUAAAGGCUUUGAUCCUGAUAAUGAUCCCUUAACAUUUGGCAAACGUCCCUCGCAUGAUAGUGAAGUCAUACGCAUAGAGAAUAAGGGUUCCAAUGAAGCCUAUGUUUAUCUAGCCAAAGAAUUAGAUAGAGAAACUCAGGAUGAAUAUUCUAUAGUGUUAACAUUAACCGAUAAUCAUUACAACGACUUUAAUUAUGUAACACAAAGUUUUUUACUUCUCGUAGAAGAUAUUAACGAUAAUGCUCCCAUAUUUUUACCCUACCAAAGUGCUAUUGAAAUACCUGAAAAUAGUGCUCCAGGCAUUGUAACAUCUCUGGAAGCUAUCGAUGCCGAUGAAGGUGCCUAUGGACAAGUCGUGUAUUAUUUACAAGAAUCUGAGGGGGAUAAUGAAAUAUUUUCCAUAACUACUAAUCAGGGCAAGGGUAUUUUAAGUCUUAUGGGUAGUUUGGAUUAUGAAACAAAAGCUUUAUAUCAGUUACGAGUUUUAGCUGUGGACAGAGCCAAUCAGGGCCCUGUUAAUACGGGUACAGCAGCUAUAUUGAUUAAGGUCAAAGAUAUAGAAGAUCAGCCGCCAGAAUUUGUUAAAGUACAACCGGUAGCUAGAAUACCAGAGGAUGCUCCUGUGGGUACCAAAGUGUUGAGGGUUUUAUGUGUAGAUGGUGAUCGUGGCAUUAAUAAUCCUAUAGCUUAUGAGUUAGAAACUAAUGAGUUAUUUGGUAUAGAACGUAAUACGGGCUGGAUUUAUACCAUACACGAAUUGGAUCGUGAGGAUCCGAGUAAUCAAGUAAAUGGAGCGUAUAUUUUGAAAAUAACGGCUAAAGAAAUAUCGAAGACAGCAGAACAACUACCAGCCUCGAUGACAACGGUUAAAACUGAAGUUACCAUAAUCGUAUCCGAUGUAAACGAUGAAAUUCCAACAUUUGGUGAAAGUCUGUAUCGCUGUGAGGUUAAUGAAAAUGCCCAAGCCAAUACACCACUUAACUUCAUAGAUGGAGAUGUCAAACAUUAUGUUUAUGAUCACGAUUUGGGUAACAAUGGUACAUUUCGUUUGUUUCUUGAUCCACAAAAUGAUAUUUUCGAAAUAGUACCCGACAUAGCAGUAAACGAGGCUAGUUUUAUGAUAAGAGUGAAAAAUCCUAAAUCAUUAGAUUAUGAACAACUAAAAGAGAUCAAUUUCACAUUAUUUGCUCGAGAAGUAGAUGAGCCAAGUCGUUACUCGUCAGCUCAUGUGCAGAUUUUUAUACGCGAUCAGAAUGAUAAUUUUCCAGAAUUUACACAAUCAGUGUAUAAUGUAUCAGUAGCGGAAAAUAGUGAAAUGGGUACAAAUGUGGCUAAAUUGGAGGCUUACGAUGAGGAUUCGGGAGAUUUUGGCACAAUGGGCAUAAGAUAUAAGAAUUUAAGAGGUGGCAUAGCGAAUUUAUUACAUUUAAAUCCCAUUACCGGCUUGGUAACUAUAAAACAACCAGGCGGUGCAGCCUUUGAUCGGGAAAUUAUAUCGCGCCACUAUUUGACAGUGGAAGCUAUAGAUAAUUUGGGCAUGGGUAAUCGCAAUACGGCUCAGUUAAUCAUUAAUAUUGAAGAUAUUAAUGAUAAUGCACCCACGUUCUUACAAAGACAAUAUGAAACCACUCUAAUGGAAAAUAAACUAGAAUUUGAACAUCCUUUACAACUGGAGGCACGUGAUAUCGACUUAAAUGGCACGGAGAAUAGCCAAAUUACAUAUGAAAUUGUCGAAGGCAUGUAUCGUACCAAUUUUACCAUAGAUCCUGAAUUGGGCAUUUUAAAACCUUUAAAUUCAUUUGACUAUGAAGAGCUAGUGGAACAUAAACUAAAUUCCCCAAGACGUUUUGGUACUAAAGAAGAAAACAUCGAUAAGGGUGUUAGAUUAUUAGAUUUACUAAUACGAGCCCGAGAUUCUGGCAUACCCAUGUUAUCGACCGUGGUUCCUGUAUUAAUUUAUGUUCAAGAUAUCAAUGAUAAUCCUCCAAUAUUUCAUAAAAGCUUCUAUUCCAAAAGUAUUCCCGAAGAUUUGCCAGGUGGUAGUUCGGUUCUGCAAGUAACAGCUAUAGAUCGUGAUGGUUCCGCUCCCAAUAAUGUUAUAGUUUAUCGCAUACAAACUGGUGCUAAAGACAAGUUUGUUAUUAAUUCGGAAACUGGAGUUAUAUCUGUGGCUCAAGGUGCAAAUUUAGAUCCAGAUUUAACCGAUAACAAGACAAUGGAUUAUACUUUAACAGUACUCGCCAUAGAUGGUGGCAUAGGCAACUCUCAACUGAUGAAUACGGCCACAGUAAAUAUCACAAUCAAGGAUGUUAAUAACAAACUUCCCAUACUGCCCGAAUUACCCACACUUCACAUUAUGGAAAAUACUCCCGUGGGAACUGAAAUUUACAAAAUUCAGGCUAAUGAUUCAGAUGAAACACCCAUAAUACGUUAUAAAAUAAAUCCUCUCAAUUCUGAGGCGCGCAACGAAGAAGGAUCUGUAGUAAAGUUAACAGAAUAUGAUUAUAUAUCAGCAUUUGAUUUGGAUCCCAUAGAUGGUACUAUGCAGGUGAUCAAAGUAAUUGAUCGUGAACGAGUAGAACAUAUAAAACUAUCUUUUACUGCUGAGGAUUUGGCAGCGGCCAAAGGUAAACAAAUUGUUGAAGGUUUCCUUAACAUACAAAUUGGAGAUGAAAAUGAUAAUAAUCCCAAGUUUAAACAACCUUUCUACAAAAGAUCCAUUACCGAAAAUAGCAUGAAUGGUGUUUUAAUAACAAAUGUUAUAGCUUAUGAUGUAGAUAAGAAUCGUACUAUUACUUAUAGUCUAGAGGGAAAUCCUUUAAUACGUCAAUUAAUACAUUUAGACUCUCAUACGGGUGAAAUAGUGGUGGCAAAUAAAAUCGAUCAUGAACAAUAUCAAUGGUUGAAUUUUUCUGUCCGAGCUACAGAUUCUGGCAUUCCAGCCAGAUCGUCAUUGGUUGAUGUUUAUAUAAAUGUUUUAGAUGAAAAUGAUAAUAAUCCUUAUUUUAUUGGUGGCUCCAAGAACUACAGUAUCAGUGAAUCGGCGGUGGUAGGUACUAGAAUUGGUACUAUUCAGGCGGCUGAUGCCGAUUCGGGUGACUUUGGUAAAAUUACUUUUCUCAUGGAUCGCAUAAGUUCUCAGGGAAAAUUCUCUAUUGAUGCUGAUACGGGAGUUUUGACGGUUACCGAUGUUUUGGAUAGAGAAACUAAGGAUUUUUAUAUGCUUGUCAUCGAAGCCUGGGAUAAUUAUCAAUUUGGUUUUUUAGCUGGCGAAAGUCGUAAUGCUUUUAAGCAAGUUUUCAUAACUAUACUUGAUGAAAAUGACAAUGCUCCCGAAGUUUUUAUGCCCUCAGCAUGUGUUUUGAUCACUGAAUAUCAUGAAUUAAAUGAGAAAAUAGCUACUAUAAAAGGCAAAGAUUUGGAUGAUCCCCUAACGCCAAAUGGUAGAUUAGAAUUUAAGAUAUCCAAAGGCAAUAAAGAUGAUUUAUUUGAACUUAAACAAAUUGAUGCCUGGAAUGCUUAUGUGUAUGCUCGUUCUUCUUUGCGUAAUCGUUAUGGCAAUCAUUCCCUAACCAUAACAACACGAGAUUUGGGCAUACCCUCUAAUAUUAUUACAAAAACAUUAGAUAUAUGUAUUUCGGAUUUUAAUGAUCAUGCACCGGUUUUUAUACAACCUCUGCAUAAUACCACUGUUAGAGUACCAGAGAAUACCACUGUGGGUUCGUUAAUUCUACAAGUCAUUGCUACGGAUGAGGAUAUUGGUAUGAAUGCUUUGGUGCGUUAUCGUUUAAAACCUGAUCCUCUAGGAAGUUAUAAACUUUUCGAAUUGGAUGCAGAAACGGGUCAUUUAUUUCUAAAAGAAUCUUUAGAUCGCAAUAAACAAAAGAUACAUGAGAUAAGAAUAGAGGCUUAUGAUCAAGGUUUGCCAACUUCCUUAAGUGCCGAUUUAGAUUUAACAAUUUACAUACGAAAUGUCAAUGAAUAUGAACCGCAAUUUAUUGUGGAUGAAAUUUUUGUUAAUUUUACAGAACAUGCGGAUCCGGGUUCGGAGCGUGUUAAACUUCCCGAUACAAUUGAUAAAGACGAAGUUGACGACUUAGAUGAUCCACCUAGUCAAGUGUGUUAUUUCAUUGUUAAAGGCAAUGAAGAGCAAUUCUUUAAUUUAGAUCCUGAAACCCAUAUAUUAACGACACAAAAAGAAUUGGAUCGUGAAAUAAAAGCAUAUUAUCAUCUCUAUGUAAGAGCUACCGAAAAUUGUAUAGAACAAGAUAAUUCUUUAGAAUUGGCUAUGAACAAAAAAAUGGAAAUAGAAAUUGACAAUGAACCGUUGAAGCCUUUUAGUCGAAGGCAAGGUGGCUUUUUAAGAAACUCUGAAUUCUAUGAUCGUUAUAAACAUUCUAGAAGUUUAAGAUCCAUAAGCGAGGAAUCAUUUCAUAAUGAAAGUAUUUUAAAUGAUUCUUUAAACAGUGAAGAAUUUCUAAUGUCUGAUAGUACCAUUGUUAGAGUCAAGGUUAAGGUACUGGAUGUCAAUGAUAAUCCACCCAGAUUUCGUACGAAAAUCUUUACAGGUGGUAUUACAACAAAUGCAGAUUUUGGUACCAGAUUCAUGCGUGUUGAGGCGGUGGAUCUAGAUGAAGGCAUUAAUGCAAAAAUAAAUUACUAUCAAGUAGGUGACAUAAGACAAACCUUGUCGGAAGGUUUAGAAAAUGUUCGCAGCUCACCGUUUUUGGUGGAUCAAGAAACUGGUGAAAUUCAACUGAAUUUUGAUCCCCAAAAGGGUAUGAAAGGUUAUUUUGAUUUUAUGGUAUUGGCCAAUGAUACGGCUGGCAUGAAAGAUGUGGCACAUGUUUUUAUAUAUUUGCUAAGAGAAGAUCAAAAAGUAAGAUUUGUCUUUCGUUUACAGCCGAAUGAAUUGAGAAAUAAAAUUGAGGAGUUUAGGGAAACAUUAAGUAAUAUCACCGAUACCAUAGUAAAUAUAGAUGAAAUAAAGGUACACGAAAAUAAGGACGGUUCAGUGGAUAAAACAAAAACCGAUUUAUAUAUGCAUUUAGUGGGGAAAGAAGAUAAUUCUAUAUAUGAAGUGGCGGAAGUUUUAAAUCUAAUUGACUCUCACAUAGAACACUUGGAUGAACUGUUUAAGGAACUAAAUGUUUUGGAUACUCAAGCGGCCGAAGCUCAAAUGCUGCAAGCUGGCCCUCAAGCCAAAGCCAUGUAUGUUUGGUUGAUAUUUACCAAUCUAUUUCUGGCCACUCUAUUGGUGGUUACUUUAGCAUUAUGUGCCUCACAAAGAAAUGGCUACAAGCGUCAGUUGAGAGCUGCAAAAGUUAAUAUAUUCCGAAAUUCAUCAUUAUCUUUACAACAUCCAAAUGAACCCACCACCCGAGUACCCAACACCAAUAAACACAGUGUCCAGGGUUCAAAUCCCAUAUGGCUAAAAGGUUAUGAAAAUGAAUGGUUUAAAACCGAGGAAAAUUUAAGCCAAAGUGGCCAUGAUUCUUUGGAUGAUAAUUUUUUAGCCAUUGGUGCUCAGGACAUACAGGAAACUUUAAAGGGUACUGCAAAAUUAUUUAAUCAUACCAAUGAUUUGAAUCGUCAUUUUAAUGUUUAUAAUCAAAUAGACAAAUUAACAAAUAAUGCUCAAAUAUUAGCAAGGAAAUUAGAAACAACGGAACUAUAAUUUAAUUUAUUUUUAAUUAACAUAAGAUUACAUGAUUUUUUUAAGUUAUUUAUUUUAAUUUAAGAAAGUUAAUUAUUUCUUUGUACAUAAUUGAAAGCAAUUUUUUAUACAUAUUAAAACGAAUUGUUUAUAUUUAAUGAGUUAUUAGAUAAUUUUACGAAACACAGCAGGUGAUUAUGUACCUAAAACGCAAGCGAU